AAUAGUCUUUCACUUGCACAACUACGACAUUUUCCUCCCAUUCAUUGCAGAUGGUUUGUCUUUGCUGUAUGAAAAAUGAGGACACGACAGUUCGUGGCUGCAUUCCUGGCUUUGGUGGGCCUGUGCGGGACCAUCCUGAUUUGUGCCUUGCCCAUGUGGAAAGUGUCAGCUUUCGUUGGAGCGAACAUUGUGACGGCACAGGUCUACUGGCAAGGUUUGUGGAUGAACUGCGUCUUGCAAAGCACCGGCCACAUGCAGUGCAUGGCGUAUUACUCCGUUCUGGCUUUGACUCAAGAUCUCCAGGCCGCUCGAGGUUUGAUUUGUGCUUCUAUCGGUGUCAGUGUCAUUGCCUUUGGAAUGAUGGUUGUUGGAGCCAAUUGUACACGCUUUUACAGAGAAGAUCAGCUUAAAAAGACCAACAUUGGAAUAUCUGCUGGCACACUGUAUAUAGUUGGAGGUGUAAUGUGCCUUGUUGCUGUCUGCUGGCAGACGUCUAUUAUUGUCAUGAACUUUUAUAAUCCUCAAGCAAUAGCAGGGACACAAGGAGAGCUGGGAGCCUGCAUCUAUAUAGGAUGGGUUGCUGGGUUUUUGCUAAUUAUUGGCGGUGGACUGCUUCUAAGUACAUACUCAAACCGAUGUUGUUGACCAAAUUUGGGGUUAACAAGACUUAAGUGACUCAAUUUGACGCCGGAUUGUUCCUAUUUUUCCCUGGAGGAUAAAAUGUUUUUUCUGGCUCUUUCCCAAUUCUUCAGAGUUGUUUGUAAGACUGUCAAAUGUUUGUUUGUAAUACUGUAUAGGUGUAUCAGUACUUACUCAUGCCCGUAACCAGACUAUUAAAAUGGGGUGGUUCUUUUAUCUCAAAAAGUGGAUCUUUUUGCAGUUAUUCGAGGUUCAAAUACUGCAUUUUAAGCACUAAUUUGUGCUGGAUUAGCUUAUCGAUUGGUUAUCAUUAC